AUGUACAAAUUAGGAUUAUUGAUUCUCGCUUUUCUCUCCCGCUCGAAUGCCAGUCAAUUGAGAGGGACUACGAAUGAAGCAAACGACGAGAGACGGAACCUAUACGAUCGUCAGUCUGGCUUAGACAAGAUUAGGGAUUCCCUUACUUCCGAUGGAGCCGACGAUCCAAUGAUUUUGAGUGACGAGGUUGUGGACACCGAUGCUACUUUUACGGCAAGAAGGCCCCAAUCAAGAAUUGUUGGUGGACAAGCUGUGGAUGCUAGCGAUACCCAACCGAGUUUUGCGAUGCAUUUAGUUGACCAAGGCGGUUACCGAUUUGCUGGAUGCUCUGGAAGUUUGGUGUCGAACUGCCAUGUGUUGACAGCUGCCCAUUGUGUCGCUGGCAGCCGCGCUGGAUACCCUGACGCGCUUUACAUUAAUGCUUUCAAGCCCUACGAAGGCAAUGGAGGACAACCUUUUCACUUUUCCAAAGUCCGAAGUGUUCAAGUCCACAAUCGGUACAAUGAUCGGACCAACCAAAAUGAUAUUGCCAUGAUCACUCUGGAUUCCUGCGUCGAUAACCACAACAACGCCCAGUAUUUUCUCAACAAUAUUAUCAAGUUGGCCGAUGACGAUAUGAUGAAAACAAUCAGUGCUGGAACCAUGUUGGAAGUCAGUGGAUUUGGAAAGCAAGCAGAAACCGGCAACAAGGCCGUCUACUCGAAUGUGCUCAAUAAGGUCCAAGUUCCAUUCAUCCCUCAAUCGGAAUGCUACAGUAAAUACUACAGCGGUAUCAAAGAUGGCAUGAUCUGUGCUGGAUACGCUGGAGGUCGUCAAGACAGUUGCCAAGGCGACAGUGGAGGCCCCUUGUUCAUCAAGAAGGGCAACGACGAAUAUCAAGUCGGAGUUGUUUCCUGGGGAUAUGGGUGUGCCAGAGCCAAUAGUCCAGGCGUCUAUUCAUCAGUGGCAUACUUUCGCGGUUGGAUUGAAAACAUUGUCUGCAACUAUGGUCCUUCCAGUACCUCGGAUCUUUGUGGUGCCAGUGUUGCGUUUGCGACAACACAACCUCCCACACCACCGCCUACCAGCAGACCAGUCACACCGCCUCCAACGCCACAACCGACCCGUCCACCAACUCCAGGACCGACUCGUCCACCUACUCCAGAGCCAACACCAGAACCUACUCGUCCACCUACUCCUGGGCCAACAAGAGAGCCCACUCCAGAGCCUACUCGAGCACCUACUCCUGGACCGACAAGAGAACCAACACCAGCGCCAACACCAGCGCCAACACCAGCGCCAACACCAGAACCUACUCCCGAGCCGACCCCAGAAGCCACCACUGCGCCACCCACGUUGAGCCCAAUCACUUCCAGACCUACCACGACACCAUCGACUGCUCCAUCCGACGCCAUUGCCAAUUUGUUUGGUGGACAAUGUAGCCAGGUCCAGGGCACAUGUCUGUAUGCUUCGGACUGUUGCGGAACCUUGCAAUGUCGUCGCCGGGAUAAUACUUGCGUUGUGGUCAACAAUAAUAGAAGACCAUUGACGGAUCGCACACGAAUGUACCAGGGAGUUUAA